AUGUCGGGACCAAAAUCCGACCACCUUUUGUCCUCAAUAACAGAGGCUCGUUACUCGUUAAAGCAUCUUCAGAUGUUAGUGGAACGAGCUCGACUGAUCCAGGGGGGCCUACUCCCUCAUUUGGAUAGCGAGGAAGAAAGCAUACCCGUUGAGAACCUUAAAGUCCAAUCUUCAGGAGAAAUACGAUCAGAGGAUCAAAAUGAAACUGGCCAAGUGUAUCUUCAUCCGGUUAAGGGCGACUUACAGGACCCAUCCGCUUCUCACAAAACACUAGAUUUAGCAUCAAGCCUCGAAGUGGGCCCAACAAAUAGCAAUAGUGAAAAAAACAAUAGGCUCUCACUUUUGGAGAAUGAUUGCAAGUGGUGGUUGGUGAAAUACAUCUCUGAUGCCCACAGACACAUACAAGGUUGUUGCUUUGUUGAAGGUGAAUGGUUAAGGAAUGCAUUCAGAUGGAAAGAAACUAUCGGCCCAUGGGAAGAAAGGCCGGGCCAUUUUGUUGAUGUUUGGCAUUAUUGGACUGAUGAUGGAUUUGGUCAUCUGGAGUUUCUCCAGCUUGCUGAGGAUUUAGGCACCGCACCUAUCUGGGUAUUCUGCAAUGUUGAGAUAUUCAUGCAAGUUCAAUCUAAAAUCCACCCUGGACACAAUAAAACAACAUGCCUCAAGAUGAAAUCCCGAAAAGAUGACAAAGAUUCGUUGGAUUUCGACACUUCAAGUGAGGAUGAUAGACAGGAUCAAUCUUCUUUUCAUGCCAGUUCAAGGAGGGGAUAUCACAGUUGUGAAUAUGCAAACUCUAGCCAUGUGAAUCUGAAACCAAAUGCUUUUACUGUAUCUAAUCAAAGGUCUGGAAAUGACUUAAGCUUCCAAGAUUUGUUGUUUUCGUUUGAUCCAAGUAGCGUGGAUGCUCAAUUUGGCACUUCUAAGAGUGGCUUUGGCAACUGCUGCAAAUAUGUGCAAGAAACUACCUUCAGAGCUGCUGAUUUCGUUAUGGGAGCUGUACCAUUGUUAACAAAUCUCUUACAGUAUCCUGAUGCCAAGGUUUUGGAUGUUGUGUUUGCUGCCCAUGUGCAUGCUGAUGAGCGCUCGUUUUCUUUAUGUUUUCUCCAAUACAACUGCGUUUUUAACGGUAGAUCAGAUCCUUGUGGAGCUGCCCACAUUGCGAUUGGCGAUGUAGGGAACAUAGAAGGAUUAGCACCCAGAUACAAGAAGUCCCAGCCUGAGUGGUCAGUCUUCCAGGAGGCCAGCUUUGGCCAUGCUGAGCUCAGAAUCGUGAACUUAACUCAUGCGUAUUGGAGUUGGCACAGAAAUGUUGAUGAUGAACCAGUUAAAUCAGACAGUUUUCUGUAUGACAGGACAGGUCGCAUGGGCUUUGCUGCUCAUUUGGUAUCAGAUUCGGGACAGUUCUUGAUGCCGCCGAGACGACGAGAUCUCGAGAUUGAUGAUCGUCUUCAACGUAUGGACGAUCGGGUCCAAUUGAUGGACACUCGGGUGACCGAUCUCGCUACGGGGAUCGACGAUAUACGUACCACUCUUACGACCAUGUUAGGAGAUCAGCAAGCAUACAGGGAGUCGCAACCCGCAAUGGAGGCCCGUGGGGGUCCGAUUGUCGCGGUCUCCUCCCUGUGCAGCGGAAGGUUUUCCGAUCCCGGCUUUCCAUAUGCCUUCCCUCCGAUGGCGGCGCGCCGUGUUGCUGUAAAUCGCGAUACCUGGUGCCAUGUUGGCGUCAAAUUCUGUCGUGAUGCGGGUGGCGAUUUUCAGCGCGUCGGAAUGGGAGAUUUCCGCCGAGCGGCUAUUGGCGAGGAUUUGCGCGGUUGGCCGCAUCAAGAUAUUCAUGAAACUCAUGAACAGUUGAUUUCUCGUUAUAUUAGGGGAUUGUAUGUCUCUAUUCAGGAUGUGUUGAAUAAGUUUACACCGACUUCCGUUUCUGAGGCUCAUCAGCGGGCUUUAUUGGUUGAGCAGCAGCAGGCCCGGAAGGUGGGCACUUCUUUUACGCCGUCUACAAAUAAGCCUCUUGGGACUUCGGGUACCGCAACGUCUGCGACGAAGGCUCCGUUCGAUUUGGGUGCUCCUUCUGAAGGCCGUGUGGGUGGCCCCACGAUGAGGAGUGGCAAUCGGCAGUCUAAUGGCCCAGUGCUUUCGAAGGCGAGAGGGUCACGGGCGUUGUUUGUUGAAGAGCCAGACUCGACUGUUUAUGAUGGUCCUCCAAUUUUUUAUAAAGAGCAGAAGUUCCAGAGAUGCAUGUCUCAGGAGACGUGGGUCACGCGCUUAUCCUUCGUCGGUUUCUUUUGUCUCCCCACUUCUCUUUCGAGGAUAAGUGAGCCGCAUCCGGAUCCGUAUGCUCUUGCGUGGAUACAACAUGAUGAUUCUGUUCGUGUCACCCGACGCGUGUUGGUGACCUUUUCUAUUGGAUCCUCUUAUAAUGACUUGACAUGGUGUGACGUCGUGCCUAUGGAUUCUUGGCACGUUUUAUUAGGACGACCUUGGCAAUUUGAUCACUCGGUGGUACAUAAUGGACACCUCAACAUAUAUAGUUUUUUAUUUAAGGGCGUCCACAUAGUCCUGCAUCCGUCGUCAUCCAGUUCUGGUCCUUUGCCAUCGUCGUCUCUGAUUUUAUUCGUUUCUCGCGCCAAGCAGUGUAGGGAGUUAUCUGACUCGGAGGAUGGUCGUUUGAUGGUUUUUGACGUAUGUGAUUUUGUCGACAAGGUCGUCCAUGACACCGACGAGAUUGUGGAUUCGACGGCGAAUCCUCUCCACUCGGGGGAGAAUGAUGCCGACGAGAUUGCAUUAGCAUAUCUCGACCAAUAUGAUCGACUUCGGCUUUUAUUUAAGUGGAGAGGACUUGGCUUGCUGCAUCAAAAAGACUCGGCCGACCCCUUUUUCAGCGCAUCUUCUGAGGCCCACAGCAAGAGAAAGAUGUUGCAGGAGCUCGGGAAACUGGCAUGCCUGAGGCAGAGGAAUUUAAUGAGUCUGAGGGCUUAUGUGUUUGAAUCGGGUGUUUACUCAUUGCUUUACGAUUAUGUGUCGAUAGGAAGUCUCGAGGAUGUGAUGAAAAGAGUUACCGAAAAUCAGUUAGAGCUUAAGUGA